CGUUUCAGUAACACCAACUACCAAUCUUUGGAUGGGGGCCCUUUCAUUAACUUUGUGGCAAUUCUGAUCAUUCAUGAACUCCCUCUAUAUAAGUUCCAAUAGUCGCCAGCUUCUCUUCAAACUUCUACACUCUUUUCAGACUUAUCCUCAAUGGCACUCCGUUCACUUCUCUUUGCGAUGGCACUGUUAUUUAGUUUCCAGCUAUCCACAUGCCGAGUCCUGAAGGGAAAAGUUUCUUGCUCCGACUGCCAUGGCGACGACGAUUUAACAGGCUUUAAGGUUCUGGUGAAGUGUGAAAAGGUGAAAAAGGUGGCAGUGGCAACCACAGAAGCUUCAGGUGCCUUCGAUGUUGAGCUUCCAUCAGACACCAAGAAAAAUCCGGCACCUCUGAAUUGUCUGGCGAAGCUGCUCGGGGGUCCAGUCCAGCCCUAUGUUUCGAAGAAAAACAUGGUUUCGAAGGUUGUUAAAGGCAAAGAUACGACGUCGUUCCGCAUCUCAACUCCUCUGGCCUUCUCCGUAUCAUGUCCUGCAACUUUAAUGGAGGAUGGAAAAUGUAAUGCAGCAACCACCUUUGGUUCAUCGAAGACAGUUGACUUGCCUCUUCCAAAAGAGUGGGGACUUGCGCCAUCAAGCUAUUAUAUACCAUUCUUCCCCAUCAUCGGUAUUCCUUAAGUACUUGUUAUUGCAGUAAUUAAUUUCUCGUAUGUUAUAUAUAGCUAGACUUUGUAGAAUAUAUAUAAUAUUUUCUGAUAUAUAUGUAUUAUAUAUUGGUGUGAUGAAGAUUGUAUUAAGCUUUUGGGUAUUAAGUUCUAUGUGUGAUCUUUUGUAUUAUUUUGUGGCUGAAGCAAAGUUCUAAUAUUAAUGGAGAAUCUAUAUAUUUCUAUA